AUGGCUCGUGCAAAUCCAAACUCAACGUCAACAAUCAAGAAACCAUAUCAUAAUCUAUUUGAUAUGAUUGACGAAACAAAUGAUGGACUUCAAUUCUCCAAAGACACAUUAAAUCAAUACUUUCUUUCUGGUCAAUUACCAUCAAUCACCUAUACAGAAGAAUUUGUUGAUGAUACUGUUCUCCAUGCUUUCGAGCACAAUGAACUGAUCGAACAAGAACAAGAUGACCAAGACGAUGAUGAAACAAUUUUAUCACAAAAACUAAGUCAAUUAUCGACCACCGGUCAUGCUGAAGUCUAUCCAUCAGCGACCAUGGACAAAAAACGUCGUUCCAGUUCUCGACCUAGUCCAGCUGUCUGUUCUAAGCGAAUGAAAAUAUCUGAUUAUAAUGCUGACGACGACGACGAUGAUGAUAGUUUGAAUGUCGAUGAUAUCCAACAAAAUCACAUACCAAAUUAUUUAUCUAUGAAUAGUACCAUAUUUGUUCGACUCUGUAAAAAUCUAUUAAAAACAGUUCCAACAAUGACGAUGAAUGAUCUACAACAAUUGGCUUUACUCAUGCAUCAAAUUGCCGCUCUUCGUAUUAAGGAAGAGAUGAGCCAUAUCUACUUGAAAUCCGUCACCGGCACAUUAACAGAACCAGAAUGUGAUUUAAUCGAAGUUGAUCGACGUGUUUGGCCCAUGCAAGUGCAAGCACUUGUCUUAUCCAAACGUCCAUUCAGCAGCGUAGCAACAACUGAAAUGAAUCAAGCUGAACAACAAACUACUUGUGAACGUUUACUUCAAGAUCGUAUACUUGAAUUGAAUGAACACAUGCAACAAUAUCAACAACAAUUGAAUGAAAAGAAAAAAUCAUUCAAAGGAUUUACAUCGAUGAUGGACGAAACUCUACAACACUAUGUCCAAGAAUAUGGAGUUCAACCACUCCAAGUCAAAUAUGAAAUGAGAAAAUCCAUCGUCACCCAUGAUUUCGAAUCUGAAAUACUCGAACGUAAAUAUUUACAAGAAAAUCCCAAUGAAUAUCAAUUGGAAAUUGCAAAACAUCUUCUCGAAUUAAGACGAGACGUCGAAAAAUCCAAACGGGCCUUAUUAGAAUUAAAACAAGGUGUCUUCUUCAAUAAAUCAUCCUUAUCUUUUCAAUCUAUUCAGGCAUCCAUAUCAACAUCAAUGGAUACGACGAUGAACAAUAAUAAAAUGCCACCAUCAUUAUUAAAUACCGAUGAAAAACGUCUCCGAUAUCAGAAACUUGAUUUAUUAGCUAUACAUAUACCAGAAGCUGAAUUAACCUAUUAUCGAUUUCAACAUCUAUUUGAUGUGGAGUUGGCACGCAUGUGGCAAAAUCAUCGUACCUUAGUUAAAAAUCAAGGAAUGACCACGGCACUUACUCAUUUACUGGAACAACGUCUCACACAAAUGACCAAUCGAUGGCGUGAUAUUUUCAAUUACAGAAUUGACUAUUUUCUACGAUAUUCUUAUGAUGAAUUAGAUUAUCUCAACAACAAUCAUGGACAUGAACAAACCAUGAAAAUUACGACCGCAUCAUCGGCUCUCAUUCUCGAUACCACUCAUCCAUUCACUCAUGAACAAUUACAAUUAUUAAGUCGUGGUCCCAGUUAUGUACCACCCUGUUUAAUGUAUGUUUUAUUUUCAAAUGAAUCCAUCGAUGAUAUUGUCAAGAAACAAUUUGCACCAUUCAAUCAUCAAUUAAUGACUCUUUUGGAAAAGCAUAAAAUUAAUCUAGCCGUACGAAUGGAAAUUCAAGAUACAAUUUUUAAAGAAUUUAAAAAUUGCUUUUCUAAAUCAAUACCAUCCAGCCUUUCACAACGUGCUCUCUACGAAAAGAGUUUAAUUCAAUCGAUUCAUAGUGCUUUCAAGAAACAUCAUCUUAUAUUACGACGAACGGCUGAUAAUAUGAACACGUUCUAUAUAGGCAAUCGACAAGAUUUCGAAGCUAAAGCGGAUCAAUAUUUAACAAGAUCAGAAGAUUAUCGUGUUCUCAUCAAUAUCAAUGCUGAAAAUAAUGAUAAACCAUUGGAUGUUGCAUUAAAAGAUAUGAUUGAUUCGAUGAAUACUUUAGUGGAACAAUUAAAAACACAUAAAGCCAUCAAAGAUGAUUUAUACAAACGAUUCAUUGCUGAUGUCACAAAAACGAAACUACCUUAUUUAUAUUUCUUACCGAAUAUAUCCAAAGAGAGUGGCAUUUCUCUAGUACCCAUCAUUACAUCUCAUCAAAGUGCGACGUGGAAAAUCGCCAAAUAUUUAAAUCAAUUAUUACAACCCUUUGUCGAUAAAAUUUUACAUUCAACUACAUUUGCCGAUGAAACGGAUUUUAUUCGAAAAUUCUAUCAUUAUGCCAAUACAGAACGUCGUCUUCGUCCAACAACACUCUUUUGUUCGAUUAAAAUAACCAACUUUUAUGCGUUAGAUGAACAUCAACAUAUGAUCGAUGUCAUUGGUUAUUGUUUACAAGAUAACUUAGUUACAAACAGACUUGAACCAUUAAGCAUUCAAACAAUUCGAAAUCUAUUAUAUUUAUUUCUUUAUAAUAAUAUUUUUCGUUACAAAGAUAACAUAUAUGCAUUUACCAAAGGCGGUCCAAAUACAAUGCCUUUAACAACAACAUUGUCAAAUAUUUAUUUAUUUGUAUGGCAAAAGAAACUAUUGAAAGAAAUCGAUCAAAAUAUUGAAUUUUUUGGAAGACAUAAUGAUCAACUAUUUUUUACAUGGAAUAAAUCCAAUGCUCUUCAACUUGAAACAUUUCUACAAGAUAUUCGAGAAAAACAUUUGAAUGUACGUUUUCAAAAAUUAAUUGGUUCAAGUGUUCAAUUUAUGAAUGCAUAUCUCGAAAAUCGACAAGGACAAUUAUACAGUCGAGUUCAUUAUGAUCCCAAUAUUCCACGUUAUACAUUACCAUAUGUUAUCGGUCAUUCGAAAUCAGCUUAUAGUGAUUGGCUCCAAUCAGCUUUAAUUCGUGCUGUUUGUUAUUGUACAUCUGUGGAAGAUUUUCAACAAGAACGAACUUAUUUGGAAUUAACACUUCUUAUUAAUGGCUAUUCAUUAUUAUUUGUUGAAACUCAUGUUAAACAUUUCUUUAAUCAUUUUCAUGCUCAAACAUUACGAUUUUCAAGAAGUCAAAGUGCCUAUGAUAAUUUUCGUCAACAAUGGUUUACGUUUGUUGAACAACGACAAGAACUUACACAAGAACUUCGAAAAUUCGAUCAAAAUGAUCGUUUAAUUCAAUUCAAUUAUAUUCAUGACUUUGGACCACGAUGUAGAUUCAAUCGAGAAUUUUAUCAACUUUGGUUUCAUUAUUUUCAACAACAUCCAAAACUAUCCCAAGAAAAGUGCAAAAUUAUUUUACAAGCUAAACAUUUUCAUUCAUUGAAUAGUCUCUUAGCAAUGGAACCACCAUCACCUCCAGUUCAACAAUGA